GAGAACAAUGAGCUUCUGAGGAGGGCGUGGCCUGGGGGAACGGCUUUUAGACAAAACUGUCACUUUGUGGCUCAGCAAUGGGUAGACAUGGCCCUCUGCUGUCUUCAGGAUAACGUCACACAGACGCCUCUCCUGUUCUCCACACUCCUGAAGCAUCGGUCCCUUACCUGAGGUCUGGCUUCUGAGCCUUGGAGGAAGGAGAAGACCCUGCUGAGCACAGCUUCCUGUAGCCAGGAGUUUCUAGACAUUUGCCUUAAGUAUGAGCACUACGAUAGAAUCACAGAACAACAACCUCGUCAGGAUAGCAGCCCAUUUACCCGACCUCAUUGUCUAUGGGAAUUUCUCUCCGGAACGACCCUCUGUGGAUUAUUUUGAUGGGGUCCUGAUGUUCGUUGAUAUUUCAGGUUUCACGGCGAUGACGGAGAAGUUCAGCACGGCCAUGUACAUGGACCGCGGGGCGGAGCAGCUGGUGGACAUCCUGAACCACUACAUAAGCGCCAUCGUGGAGAAAGUAUUGCUCUUUGGAGGAGACAUCCUAAAAUUUGCAGGUGAUGCACUGCUCGCGCUCUGGAAGGUGCAACGGAAGCAACUGAACAACAUCAUCACUGUGGCCGUCAAGUGCAGCCUGGAGAUCCAUGGCCUCUUUGACAGCAAGGAGAUGGAGGACGAAGAGCUGGACAUUCGCGUGAAGAUAGGGCUGUCUGCUGGCCACAUCACCAUGGUGGUCUUUGGAGACGAAAGGCACAACUACUUCCUGGUGACUGGUCAGGCGGUGGACGAUGUGCGCCUGGCACAGAACAUGGCACAGAUGAACGAUGUCAUCCUGUCACCCACCUGCUGGCAGCUCUGUGACCGGAGCAAGAUUGAAAUUGAGAGAAUUCCAGAGCAGAGGGCAGUGAAGGUUAAGUUUUUAAAGCUGCCCCCUACUUUUAACUGGGAUGAGUUUUUCAAGAAGUGUAUGUCCUUCAUGAGUUAUUAUCCUCCUAGACAGCUCAAAACGCUAAGGCUGGCGUACUUGCUGGAGUCCGACGCGGAGCUGGAGGCUUCGCUGCAGAAGUACGUGAUGGAGAGCAUCCUGAAGCAGAUUGACGACAGGCAGCUCCGGGGCUAUUUGUCUGAACUUCGCCCAGUGACCAUUGUGUUUGUGAACCUGAUAUUCAAAGACCAAAACAAGGUGGAAGUGGUAGGCGUGGCCAUCCAGGAUGCCUGUGAGCACAUCACCUCCGCCGUGCAAACCUGCCGGGGCCAGAUCAAUAAAGUCUUCAUGUUCGACAAGGGCUGCUCUUUCCUUUGUGUCUUUGGUUUCCCUGGGGAGAAGGAGCCAAACGAGGUCACUCAUGCUUUGGAAAGCGCUGUGGACAUAUUCGACUUCUGCUCUCAGGUGCCCAAGAUCCAUACCGUGUCCAUCGGCGUGGCCAGUGGCAUCGUCUUCUGUGGGAUCAUCGGACACACGAUGCGACACGAAUACACAGUCAUCGGUCAGAAAGUCAACAUCGCUGCCCGGAUGAUGAUGUACUACCCAGGGAUCGUCACCUGCGACUCCGUCACCUACAACAGCAGCAGCCUGCCAGCCUACUUUUUCAAAGAGCUUCCAAAGAAAGUUAUGAAAGGUGUUGCAGAUUCAGGACCGGUCUAUCAGUGCUUGGGCCUCAAUGAGGAAGUUGUGUUUGGUAUGGCAUACCUCAGGACCAAGGGAAAUGAGAACUACCCCCUGCUGGGACGCGAUAAAGAGAUCAACUACUUCAUGGAUAAUAUGAAGAAAUUUCUGAUUUCCGGCUACAGCCGCGUCCUCAUCUACGAAGGCAUGACGGGCUACGGGAAGAGCCAGAUCCUCAAGGAGGUCGAGUACCUGGCCCAGGGGGAGAGGCACAGGACUGUCGCUAUCGCACUGACCAAGAUCAGCAUCCAUCAGAAUUUCUACACCAUCCAGAUACUCAUGGCCAACGUGCUGGGUCUGGACACCUGCAAACAUUACAAGGAGCGGCAGAUCAAGCUUCAGACUACAGUCAGGAAACUGUUGGAGGAGAAGUUUUUCUGCCUCCUUAACGACAUUUUCCAUGUCCAGUUUCCUACUUCCCGGGAGAUUUCCAGGAUGAGCAGCUUGCGAAAGCAAAAACAAGUGGAAAAACUGUUUAUGAAGAUCUUGGAGAAAACCGUGCGAAUGGAGAAGGUGAUUUUAAUCAUCGACGAAGCCCAGUUUGUGGACAAGACCUCCUGGGCUUUCAUGGAGAAGCUGAUCCAGACGGUGCCGAUCUACAUCAUCAUGUCGCUGUCGCCCAACGUGGAAGAGCUCUGUGCCGCCGCCAACGCCAUCGUGAAGAACCGGAACACCACCUACGUCACGCUCGGCGCGGUUCAGCCCAAGGACAUCCGCAACAAGACCUGCUUCGACCUCAACGUGAGCAGCGUCUCCAGAGAGCUGGACAUGUACCUGGUGGAGGGGAGCUGCGGGAUCCCGUUUUACUGUGAGGAGCUGCUGCUCAACCUCGACCACCACAAGGUCCUGCAGUUCAAGCUGAUGGAGUCUGUGGAGAAGACCACCGUGACCUGGAACAACAUGUUCAAGACUUUCACUAAGCCAACAGAUGAAUUAAAACUAUUUUUUAAUGCGGAGGAGGGAAAUGAAGUAAUCUGUAGCCUCGCAGGUGGGGUCAGGCUGAAAAACUUGUCCCUCCCGACGUCAUUGAAAGAGGUCUCCCUGAUCCAGCUGGACAGCAUGAGCCUCUCCCACCAGAUGUUGGUGAGGUGCGCGGCCAUCACAGGCCUGAUGUGCACCACGGAGCUGCUAUUCGAGAUCCUCCCCUGCUGGGACAUGAAGAUGAUGAUUGAAGCCCUGACCACACUGGUGGAAGAAGGUGUCUUUGACUGUUUCCAGACUGGCAAGGACCUCCGGCUGGCCCAUCAGCAGGAUGCCUCCUUCCAGGUGCAUCACCGCUCCUCCAGCCUCCAGCCCAGCCAAGGGACAGAUGACAAGGACAGAGAAGAGUUCCAGGAGCUGCGCAAUGAGGUGAUCCAGUGCCACAUCAUCCGAUUCUGUAGGCCCAUGAUGCAGAAGACUGCCUACGAGCUGUGGCUCAAGGAUGAGAAGAAAGCCAUGCAUCUGAAGUGUGCCCACUUUCUGGAGGAAAACGCUCACAGAUGCGAACGCUGCAGGGGCACUGACUUUGUUCCUUUUCACCACUUCGCAGUGGACAUUUGGCUCAACAAGUUGGACAUGGCCACCAUGAAGCAGCUGGUUAGAUCCUAUGGUUAUCAAUCUGAAGAAGAGAUCCCUGCUUCUAAACCAGACCCUGGUGAGAAACCCAGGCUGUUUCCUGAAAGUCUCAGUCCUGAGGAAAUAAGGGACAAGAUCCUGGAGUUCUUUGACACCACGAUAACCAAAAUGAAGGCAGAGGAGGAAAAGCUCCUCCCUCAGAAGGCCUGCCAGUGUGAGGAGGUCCUCACCAUGGUCAUUCUGCCGCUGGCCCAGCACUUCAUGGCUCUGGAAGAAAAACACAAGGCUUUGUACUACUUCCUAGAAAUCACGUCUGCAUAUCUCCUCCUGGGUGAUAACUACAUGGCAUAUGUGCACUUGAAUGAGGGCUACAGGCUGCUGAGAACACUCAGGAAGAAAAAAUCCUGGAGUCAGACUUUUGAGCUGGCGACUUUUUAUACCCUCAAGAGUCGGAUCUGCUUUAACAUGGGCCAGAUGGUGCUGGCCAAGAGAGCCCUGAGGAAGGCCCUGAAGUUUCUCAGACGCGUCUUUCCUCACAACUUACUCUCCCUAUUUUGCUAUGAUCACCUGGAGAAAAAGAAACACUCCUAUUAUUUGAGUCAGCAGGUCCAAGCCAGCCCACCACCAAAGGAAGAGAGGCUGGCAGAACUUUACCAGCAGAUGGCGUGCUUCUCCGUGCUCUCGAGGAUCUAUAGCCUCAAUGAUUAUUUUCACCACAAAUACUAUGCCCAGCUGACAGCUAUGAUGCAGGUGAACACUGCGCUGGAGACGCAAAAUGAUUUCCAGAUCGUGAAGGCUUUUCUGGACUACUCGAUGUUCCACCAGCUCGCUGGCUACGGCGAGAUGUGGUUCCCCUACGAGCUCAAGGCCGUGGAGCGGAUCUACCAGCUGCCCCUGGAGGGCGAGGCCAUUGAAAUGGUGGCCUACGUGGCCAACACCCUGGGCCACAUCAAGUUCGUCAUGGGCCACCUGGACUUGGCCAUCGACUUAGGCUUCAGGGCUUACAGGAUGUGGUCCCUGCUCCGGAACCCAAACGAGUACUGCUCAGUGCUCUGCACGCUCUCCAGCGCUCUCCUGCUGAGGAACAGAUACAAGCAACUGAUCCAGGUGCUGGAGUCCCUGUGGCAGCUGUCCGCCCAGGAGGAGCACACUUUCAGCAAGGCGUACUUCUACUUCACCUGCCUGGACAUCAUGCUGUACUGUGGCUUUGUGUACAGACCCUUCGAGGAGUGCCUGCAGUUCAUCACCCUCCACGAGGACGACAGCAUCCUCCGCUUCCACAGCGGGAUCCUCCUGGGCUUCUACUCAGCCCUGGCCAUCUGGUACGCCCGGCUCCAGGAAUGGGACAACUUUUCCAACUUCUUCAACAAGAGUAAAAGUCUCCUGUCGCGGAGGACCCCGAAGACCGCUUACUACAGAGGCCUGGUGAAGUGCAUGGAGGGGCAGGUGCUCCACCUCCAAAAGCAGAUCGAAGAGCAAAGCCACAGGGCGCAGGACAGCGCUGUGGAGCUGCUCAAGAACCUGGAAAGCCUCCUGUCUCAGAACACCAUGGGAGCUGUGUUCCACCCCCGGCUGUACCACCUGAUGGCCUAUGUCUGCAUGCUGAUGGGAGACGGGCAGAACUGUGACAUCUUCCUGAGCCAAGCACUGGAGGUCUCGGAAACUCAGGGCAACAUGCUGGAGAAAAGUUGGCUGUUCCUGAGCAAGGAGUGGUGGUACUCAAACGCCCAGCUCACGGAGGACCAGUGGCUUCACACAGUCCUGAAUCUGCCAUCCUGGGAAGGAAUUGUAUCAGGCAAUUUGUGCUUCCAGGAUCUUCAGAAAAACAAGUUCCUGAUGCGGGUGAAUAUCCUGGACACGCCCUUCUGACGCCUUCCAGACCAGUGGCUGGCAACAACCCUGCUUGUGUCACAGGAGGAGACUGGGACAGACCUCUGGUGCCGGAUGGUACCUCCCACGCUGGGUGCAGGCGAGCGCUGCCUCCACCUGAGAGCAUUUUGUUGUCUGUGCAGAUGACGGGGUGUCUUUCCCAUGCUUAGAGCUGAUGUAUAUUUUAAGUGUA